AUGCCGCCACCAACGAAGAAGAAGAGCUACCCUCUCGCUUUAACGAUCUCGCGGUUGUUCAAGAAGUCAGCUGCAAUCCCUCUGUCUCCUCGUGGUUUAGAGAUGCCGGAAGGGAAGGUAGAGACGGCGAUCAACGAGCUUUUGAACGGCGGUAGCUGGAGCAAGGACGAUGAAGAGCAGCUGAGGACUCACUUCAAGUCCCUCCCCCCUCGGUACGCAGCCAUGGGUUACUCUUCCGACGCAGUGAGGAGCCACAUGGCUCUGCUUAACGAAGCAUCAGGCCUGAAGGAGGGGAUCCCGGCAAUUCGAUUGGACGUGAACAACGGCGAGCUUGACACGUUCAUGGAGGACGAGAGCGAAACGGACGACUCCUUCUCAUCGGCCGGCGGUAUCUCUCUCUCGUCGUGCCUCGAGGAUUCGUUAUCGUCCAGCCGGACCGAGCAAGGCUCGCAGCCUGGAAAGGACUUGUUGGAAGUGCUGCUGUGCGAGAAGGGAGCGAUGAAGAAGAAGCUUGGUAAUUUCAUCCUUGAUCCGCUUAUGUUGUCAAUGGGACCGGUGAUUGCUGUUGGAGCGUCAGGCGAAGUCAGGAAGGGGACGUACGACGGAGAAACGGUCGCUGUUAAAGUGCUGAAAGGGGAGGGUAAAGACCCGUACGCGAACGUAGCGGAGUUUCGCCGGGAGGUAGUAACCCUAAUGUCGUGCGGCCAGUGUCCGCAGCUUCUGAAGUUUCUGGGUGUCUGCAUCGACUUUCGGCAACGGAUCUGCAUUGUUACAAAGUUCAUGGAGGGAGGGACUCUGAACGACCUGCUCAGGCGACGCCAGGGCAAGAGUUUGCCGCUCAACGACGCAGUGAACGUCGCACGCGACGUCGCACAAGCCAUGGCGUUUCUUCACAAGAACGGAAUGAUUCACCGCGAUGUUAAGUCCGCAAAUAUUCUCUUAGAUAAGGAGGGUCACGCAGUGGUGGGAGAUUUUGGCGUGGCUAGACUAAAAGGAGAGCGAGGGGAGAUGACCAAGGAAGUCGGAACCUACAGAUGGAUGGCUCCUGAAGCCUUCGGGGGAGUGCCGUUUGCUGAUUAUUCCCCGCUACAAGCUGCUGUGGCUGUUGCUCUUAACGGAGCUCGUCCGACUAUUCCGGCAUCGUUACCGGAAUCGCUUCGCUCGCUGAUUGAACGGUGCUGGCACAAGUCGCCCAAGGAGAGACCAGAGUUCAGCGAAAUUCUAUCUGAGCUUGACCGGAUUGCUAAGGAGAUUCAGCAGCAGUAA